UUUACUUCGUGCGGACGAGUCCUGCCGCUGAGGUGCUGGGCCUCCUCCGUCACGCUGUCUCUUUUCUACUUGUGCGGCGGUUGGGGUUCAUGUACCUGCAGGGUCUUUCCUUCGGUGAUAAGGAAUAUCAAAUCGCCCAGCAGACAAUGUCCAAAAUGGGAGAAGAGUUCAGCGGCGUGUUCACUCUGAAUGGAUCCUACACUGGGUCCGCUGAUGAUGCUGUGUUCAACGCCGAGUGGGAGAAGUUCGCUGCCACCCGCCCGCAGGCUGUGAUUGUGUUUGGUGCACGUGUGAACGACACCGUGAAGUUCAUCAAAAGGAUGAUAACGAAUACUAGCACCGCUGAUGCCUACCUGCUUGGGCCGUUUGCACUACAGGACAUUCUAUUGAGUACGUGGCGUGAGGCAGUUGCCGGCGGAGCUAAGUUUGUGAAUGGCCGACUGAUCACGACAGGAACCAACCCACUUGCGAAGGACACCAGGUACAAUGCAAUCAAGCGGUUUAAGAAUGAGAUGAAGAAAUAUCUGUCGACCCACCCGGGCGAUUACCCUAGCACGGAUUACUUCCUCAAGAACGAAACGGUUGGCGAGUUGAUGGUCACUGGGUGGAUUGCUGGUGAGGUGCUCAAUCAGGCUGUUAGCGUCCCUGAGGUGCUUAAAAACAACACGAAGUUUAAGGAGUCUCUCUUCGACCAGCGCCGGUAUAAGAUCGAUGAUCUUGUAAUUGGUGACUUCGGUGGUGAUUGCAGCGAUAUUGCCGAUUUACACGGUGCCAUCUGUCGCUGCAACCAAGGUGGGCGAACGGUCUUUGUUAAGCACUUUGUCGAGAACUUCGUUGUAUGGAGGAUUGUAGAAGCCACACUACUGUUGGAUAAAACACGGUGUUACGCUGACAAUUUUGUGCUGUUGUCUCCCUUCGGUAUGCUUACGAUGGUUAUGACUGACCGGCAGGAUGCUGUGACGGCAAUGGAGGACAUAAAGCUGGGUACCACAGCCGCAGUUGGCCGUCAGCAAGCAGCCGAAGGUGUUCGUUUUUUUGCUAUGAGAACGAUAAAUACCACAGUGGUGAAUGCCAGUGAUGCCCUGACCAAAGAGAGCGAAAUGCGAUUUAUUGACUGUGUGGUUGGAGCCCUCCCAGAAUAUCUGCUGAACACAGAAGGUGCCACAUUCAUUGACCCGGUGCCUCUCCAGUCGCAUGUCAGUGAGUUUCGCCGGCACGUGAUUUACCUGUCACCGACGCUGGAGCAGGAGUUCUUUGUGGUUGCGCAGUACCUCGGCAGCACGACCGGCGCCAACGCCCACGCUGUGAUCCGCAGCGACGGGGCUGCUGCUGUUGUGGAUGUGUGGAACAUGUCUCUUGUUACGUUUGGUGGGUCGCUGCUGUCGUCCGCGCUGCUUGGAGGCGGUGACGCGCUGGAGAGCCACCUGCCGCGGAAGGGAGUUGUGUUCGUCGUGGGCCUCGCUGCUGCCGAUGUCGCUGUGGUCGCGGGUCACCUGGCGAAGCACAGCGGUGUGCGUGUGUUUGUGCUGUUCACGGAGUUCUCGUUGCUGUACGGUGAGUUUGUUGCUGCGUUCAAUGGGAGUGCGGCUGCUGAGCGCCUUGUGUUCGCGACGAGCCUGCCGCACUGGGCAAAGGAGUACACGAGGUCUCCGUCGGUGCAGAAGUUCCACGCUGCUGUGGAGGACAAGACGAAGUGGACUCCGCUGGCGCUGAGGAGCUUUGCCAACACACUGCUGUUGAAAACUAUUCUCUCUCGGAUGGAUCAGAUAAGUGCAGAACUUUUGGCCGACUUCAUUUACACCAAUGUUGCUAUCCGGGUGGAUGACAUGCUGUACGGGACCUUUGAUGAUACCACGGAUUGCGCCUUGCAGGGUGUGGAGGGUGAAGGCGGCUGUGCUAUGAACUACGGAGCGACGCGUAUUUCUGUGUGGUCGAUGGCCCGCGUGUUCGACCCCGCGGUGCCUGAGCUGUUCCCCCCUGUGACACCGUCAAUGGUGUACACAAAGCCGGAUACCGACAGUGUGGUCACGGCGUUCCAUCACUAUGCAAUUAUUUUUGGUUCUAUCCUUGGAGGAUUGGUGAUGCUUGCGGUGGCUCUGAGCCUGCUGUUCUGCUGCGGCCGUAAAUCCCGUGACAACAACAACGCCCCGAAGGAGCCCACAGACCCCGUGACGCUUGUGUUCACUGACAUCGAGAGCAGCACUGCGCUGUGGGCUGCGUGCCCCGAGAUCAUGCCUGACG